UGGGAAGUGAAAAUGUGUCGUCCAGUGUAUGCUCAGGACUAGUGCCUGCUUGGGGACUGUAUUGUCAGUACAGGAUAUCCUAAGGAAGGAAAUCAAUUGUCCGCGUUUAUCAUGGCGACUGCACAGCUUGACAAAGUGAUCAAAACAGUGCGAGAUAACACCACCACCACUACAGCCACAGCAUCGGUGCAACACAAACAUAAACAAACGUGGCUGUGAUCGCGGCUUGUGGUGUCAGUAUUCAUUUAACUAAUAACUGAGACCAUUUUUUAAUGCAUGUGCAAUAAUUGACAGUGUUUUAAUUCAAUUCAGGAAAAGGAUUGAAUAAAUGCAAGAAGCUCUCUAUGGAAAAUGAUAAACUAAAGUAUUUAAUACCCGCGGAACUUGAACAUCAAAGACUGAGAGAGAAAGAAGUUUUACAGAAGAUUAAUUACGAAGAUGAGUGCUGCAGCCAGUGAUGAGACAGUGCGCAUUUUUGAGUUGCGCGAUGCACGAUCUGUACCAGAUCCAGUUCAUCCUUAUCCAGAAAGUCUCAGGAACACACCUCUUAUUAUAGAUAAUGGGUCACAUCACUGCCGGGUGGGAUGGGCAACUGAUAAGGAACCAAGGAUCAUCUUCCGCAAUUGUUAUGCUAAGCAUAGAAAAGACCGAGGAAAGAAGAUUGCUGCGGAAACAGAAAUACUAGUUGCAAAUGACAUAGUGAAUAUUGAGGCAGUCAGAUUCCAGCUCAAGUCCCCUCAUGAUGAGAAUGUUGUGACACACUUUGAGGCACAAGAGACCAUGUUAGACUAUGUCUUCUCCCAUCUUGGAAUCAAUACCUCACAGAUUGAUCAUCCAGUCAUUCUCACAGAGGCCUUCUGUAAUCCCAACUAUUCCCGGCAAUUGAUGUCAGAGCUGCUGUUUGAGUGUUAUGGAGUGCCCACUGUAUCUUACUGUGUUGAUGGUCUGCUCAGUUACCACCACAACAACCCUUCACGCCCAGAUGGUCUCUUGGUCAACAUAGGAAACUGCACAACCCAUGUCAUCCCCAUCCUGAAUGGCUUCGCAGAGCCAGCCCAUUCUCGCAGAAUCAGGAUGGGUGGAUCGCACCUCACUAGAUUCCUAUGGCGAUGGCUCCAACUAAGGUUUCCACACCAUCUAAAUGCCAUCACUCUUUCCAGAGCUGAGGAAAUCCUGCACCACCAUAUGUAUGUAGCAGAGGACUAUAUGGAUGAGGUGGCAAGCUGGAGUGUGGUGGACCACUAUGAACAGCAUGUACGCAGGAUUCAGUUGCCUUUUGUGGCAGCACCAGUCAGCACUGUAUCUGUGGAACAGCAGCGGGAGAGGCGCAAGGAAGCUGCACGCAGACUUGUGGAACUCAAUGCCAAAAAGAGAGAGGAGAAGUUGGUGGAAGAUGAAGCAGAGUUAACAAGAUUAGUAGAGCUAGAAGAAGCCAUGGAAGAAUUCACCCCUGAUGAGCCAGAGUAUCAGCAUGCUCUAGAGGAGGCACAGGUCACCUCCCUUGCAGAUCUUACUAAAAAGAUCUCACUCCUACAGCACAAAAUUGUCAAGACCCGCCACAAGAUGAUGCAGGCUGCUGCUGCUGUUCCAGAGGAAGAGGAGCCCAAACCCAAAAGAGUUUGUGAAGAUGUGAGUCCCAAAAGAAAAGCUGAUCUUGAGCAGUGGGUUGAAGAAGUCAAACAGCAGUGGCGGGACAUUCAGGCUCGACGUGCUGCCCGCCGCCACAAGAGGCAAGAAAUGGCUAAGCGCAGAACAGCUGCGUCUCAGGAGAGGAUGCGCAUCAUAUCUCAGUUGGCUCGACGUGAAAAAAAAGAUGACAAUUUUGGCAUGCGAGAUGAGGAUUGGGAUGUCUACAAAGCCAUCAACAAGGAGGGUGGAGGCUCAGAUAGCGAAGAGGAGAAUGAAAAGCUUCAGGAACUUGAGUCAGCCCUCAGACAGCACAGUCCUGAAUUUUUGGGAGACUCUACAACAAGCAAGCCCACCUCACUUGCUGAGAACUACCAAAUAGAAUUGUCCACUGAGCAAAUCAGGAUUGGUGAGUUGCUGUUUCAGCCAUACAUGUAUGGACUAGAACAAGGUGGGAUCACAGCCACCAUACAAUAUGUGUUGAGUCUGUUUGAUGCCCCUACUCAGGAGCGUCUGGUGUCCAAUGUGUUCCUCACAGGUGGACCCUCCUCCCUGCCAGGCCUCAAGCCAAGAAUAGAGCGGGAUCUACUUGCUACCAGACCCUUCCAGUCACAUUUCUCUGUCACCAUGGCCAAGGAUCCAGUGCUGGACUCCUGGUAUGGAGCACGCCAUUUUGUAGGAAACUUGCUGAAUGAGGGGUUGACAAGAGCAGAUUAUUUGGAACAUGGAGGAGAUUGUAUAAAACAUCAUAAAUAUGGUAACCAGUUCUGGGCAUCAUUAACGCCUGCAGCUCCUGAGUCAGCUCCUGAGUCAACUGUGCCAAGUAAAGAAACCACUCCUGCUCCAGAAGCUACUCUCCUCAGUAGUGACCCAGCACAAGAGCUCUCUGGUGAUGGCACAUCAAAUUAAGAAUAUCUCUAGUGUAACUCUGUCAAAAUACAGCAUCAAUGGAAAGACAAAAAGCCUUCAUGUGUAAAGUCAACACACACACACACACACACACACACACACACACACACACACACACACACACACACACACACACACACACACACACACACACACACACACACACACACACACACACACACACACACACACCACAUAGUUUAGCAGUUAGCACACUCGGCUCAUACUCAAGGAGCGGGUUCAAGUCCCAGGUGUGGAGAGGCAAAUGACCAAGCCUCUUAAUGUGUGGCCCAUGUUCAUUUAGCAGCAGGUAGGUACAGGAUAUAACUCAAGAGGUUGUGGCCUCACUUUCCUGGUGUGUGGAGUGUUUUGUGGUCUCAGUCAUACCCAAAGAUCAGCCUAUAAACUCUGAGCGCACUCUGUAAUGGGGAAAGAUGGCUGGGUGACCAGCAGUCAACUGUGGUGAAUUACACACACACACACACACACACACACACACACACACACACACACACACACACACACACACACACACACACACACACACACACACACACACACACACACACACACACAUAAAUAACAGGAAUGUUUUUAAUGCCAUUAUGGACAUGAGUCAAUGAAGAGAUUAUAAAGAUAAGACCAAGACUUAAAUGUGCAGCAAUAUUGUAGUCACUAUGAAAAAUACAAAUGGAAAUUGAAAGAAUAUAGAGGUGCAACGAAAGUAGAUCCUAAUUUGGGACUUGUUACAUAUAUGAAGAAAGAUCAUCAAGGCUACAGCUCCCAUCCCUGAAAAAAUGCAGAUGAAAAAAGGAUAUGUAAGUGCUCAGGGGGUACAACUAAGAGAGGACUUGGCUGUGUGAAACAAAUAGACACAAGAAGACAUGGAAGAAAGCUGAAAAGAAGUAUUAAGAAAUAUUACAGCUUUCUCCAGAGAAGUGAAGUCUGGGAUGAUCUGAAUGAGAGAGCAAUCCAUGCAAAGUGUAUUUAUCUCUUUAAGAAAAAGUUGAGUACAGUACUAAUAAAGAUAGAGAUGAGACAGUAUGUGUGUCACACACAUACACACAUUGAGUUUAGUAUUAAGAUAGAAAGGAAUGUUGGUUUACAUACUCAGCAUAAAGAUCUUACAUGAUACUGUAUUUGUCCAGGAAUUGAUUUACAUGAAAUCAUAGCUAUCAGAAACUAAUAAUAAGAACUUGUAUAUCUGUAAUUAAGGCCAAGGCUAGUUGUUAUAAUAACUGUAGCAUAUGUGUUUAGUAAAGAUUUUAACAUAGUUGGUGUAUGAUUAUAAAUAAAAAUCUUGGGAACUGCUUUAA